CCCACAUCUGGCGCACAGCUGGUGUGGCUGGUGCCCAUCACACUUUUUGGCCCUCCCAAAAAUCAAUCACCAACUAGCAAAAUUCUGGGGCCUCGUUUUGUGAACUCCGACCGACCACCACUCCCACCUCGACAAACGCACAUCUUCGGCCCACGCCAGAACCAACAAGAUGGCUACCGAGCUUACCGUCCAGAGCGAGCGUGCUUUUCAGAAGCAGCCGCAUAUCUUCCUCAACUCCAAGACCAAGGUCAAGACCACCAGACCUGGCAAGGGCGGCCGCAGAUGGUACAAGGACGUUGGUCUGGGUUUCCGCACCCCCACUGCUGCCAUUGAGGGCCAGUACAUCGACAAGAAGUGCCCCUUCACCGGCCAGGUUUCCAUCCGUGGCCGUAUCUUGACCGGCACCGUCGUCUCCACCAAGAUGCACCGCACCAUCAUCAUCCGUCGCGAGUACCUCCACUACAUCCCCAAGUACUCCCGUUACGAGAAGCGCCACAAGAACCUCGCCGCCCACGUCUCUCCCGCUUUCCGUGUUGAGGAGGGCGACCAGGUUACCGUUGGCCAGUGCAGACCUCUCUCCAAGACUGUUCGGUUCAACGUUCUCCGCGUCCUUCCCCGCACCGGCAAGACCGUCAAGUCUUUCCAGAAGUUCUAAACGGUUGGGUUUCGAAUUCCAUUAGGCAUAUCUGGCGUGGUUUGCUUUGAGGGCUUGGGCUUUUUCGAGACAAUUUGGGACGGCCGGCAGGAAAAUAUGAACAAGCGAUGAACUUAUUCUCUUUCCGGGAGGCGCGCACAUUAUGCCCGAUUUCUACAUGUGAUUGUGGAAGUCAUAGGAACAGUUCUGAAAAACUGAAUUGAAAUCCGCCAAUAAACUUGACAACAGCACAAGUCUGGCUAUGAUACCCAAAAAAAUCGGAAGAUGACCGACCCUCUUGGUUUGCGGAUUUAAACGACUUGGACUGGCCUGGCUGGAGCCGGGGGGAAACCGAGUGCUCUCCUGGGGGAGUGAGUCCGCGCAUAGCUAGUGAUCCGCCUGAAUUGAUGUCAUGAAAGUAGCCGUGUCCUGGAACUAUCAUCGUGCUCGUGAAAGCCAGAGGAAAGUGCGUGAA